ACCCGACCACCAAGAGGAAGGAGGAAGCUUGUCGCCAGCUUCUUCGAGAGCUCUUCGAGUCUUGAAUCGAUCGCUCGCGCGCGUUACAAACGCGCAUUUUGCGUACGUUUUGACGAAGACUAGAACUUCUGCAGGAGUUUUUAGAGAGAGAAAACUGUGACGUUUAAUUUAAUAGUUGCAACAGGACAACAAGCAAAUCGAACACGGCCUAGUCUAGUUCCAAACAACCUCGAGCACCUGGCUGAAGUCAAGGUCAAGAUGGAGAGGACAAUUUGGGAGGACCGGGCGGAGGGGGAGGGAGUGCACGAGGAGGAGGUAGAGGAGGACCACCACCUCUUCCUCGAUGACGCCCAGGAGGACAACGACGAGGUGGGCCUCGGAGACAUCGUCCUCGAACACGAACACCAGAGGGAGGCGUUCGACGAGGCCGAAGUCGUGGACGAGACCGGGGAAUCGAACGACGUCCCAGGUCAAGAUGGAGGUGGAGGAAGCGGUUCGUUCUUCAACGAGCGCCUCUUUAACGAGCGCUGGUUGAACGAGACCGCUAUGCCCGUCAUCGAGUGGGUACGGGAGAAUAGGGUGCUCGUCAUUGCCGUCCUACUCGUGCUUUUGAUCCUACGGUGGAAGCUCAAGGAUUUCAGGCGACGAUGGUUUGCAGCCUUCUUGAACCGCCACUACAAGAAAGUGGACGCUAAAAUAGAGGAGAUGAAGAAGGAUGUCUUCGCCACUCUGGGUUUCGUCGUGUCCCACGACCCCGAGCUCCGGAAGACGGGAGGGCUGAAGAUCCUCGAAAUUGGGGUUGGCACAGGUACAAAUUUCGCUCAUUACCCCGACGGGACCCUGCUGACGGUGGUGGAUCCCAACCCUCAUUUCAAAAAGUAUUACGAAGCCAACAGGAAGAAGUUCCCCAACAUUCAGGCUGAGGACAUUAUAGUGUCGACUGGAGAAGACAUGAACAUGGUCCCGGACAACAGCGUGGAUGUGGUUGUAGUGACACAGGUAUUCUGCAGCGUCGGCGACACGGAGAAGAUUCUUCGGCAGAUCCUGAGGGUAUUGGUUCCUGGCGGCAAAUUCUACUUCUACGAGCACAUCCACGAGUUCGACGUUGCCAACCACGCCUUCAGGAGGCGUCUGCAGAGCCUCCUGACGUUCAUGGGCGUGUGGCCCUUCUUGUUCGACAACUGCCACCUCAACAGGGACAUCCUGAAGGCGGUGGAGGCGACGGGGUUCUCCAAAGUGGAGGCGCAGAGGUUCUACGCCCCCAUCAACCACCUCCUACUCCAAAUCAUGAGGCCCAGUCUCAAGGGCGUGGCGGAGAAGUGACCUGGAUUUUUUUUUUUUUUUUUUUAGGGAGAUG